AAAAAUCUUCGUUAUACAGUGCAAGAACUGUCAGAGAAAUUAUAAAUUGCAAAAAGUACCGUACUUGACCACUUGAACCUGUUCCCGUGAGUGAAAACCGCAGAACUUUCCGGAUGACCCAAUACUUAUAAUUUCAAAGCAUGUUAAAAUAAAUAAUACUCUUUAAUAAUAUAUUAAUAUCAUACAAAUCAAAAUUUGACAAAUAUUUGUUUAAUUGUUGAAACUUAAUGCAGAAAUCUUACAAAACUUUAUGUAAAUAACAAAUCAAUUAAUAUUUGAUAUUAUUUAUUGAUUAAUUAAUAGUUUUGUUUGUUAUUAGCUUUACAAAGGGUUUCACAUGUUUUGUUUUAAACUGUACAAAUCAAAAAACAAUGACAUUUGAAGAACAUAACAACACAUUACUCAAUGUCGCAAAGGAGAUUUUUUUCGAAGGAAUAAUCUGGACUCGUUAUACAAUAAUGACCAAUAAUUUUAUUGUGUUUCAUAUAUUGACAAUACUACUACAGAUUUUGCCAGCUGUAUUAAUAGAUCUGAUUUUAAAAUUCUCUGGACGUCGACCUAUGAUGAUACAAUUACAAAGAAGAUUGUAUGUGGUCAGUUGUUUUAUUGGCUAUUUCUUGUGUAAUAAAUGGGAGUUCUGCAAUAUAAAUAGCUCAACUCUGAUAUCCUCAAUAUCAUCUGAUGACCGGGAUACGUUUUCGUUCGAAUAUUCUGAUAUUGAUUUAUAUGAGUAUUACAAAAAUGGUGCAAUUGGUGCUAAAAAAUUUCUUCUUCACGAAGAUAUGAAUCGAUUAGAUGCAGCCAAAGCACAUGCUAAAAG